AUGAACUGGAUGCUGAAAAUUCUGACAGUCCUCGUUCUGUUUCCUCCAUCCAUCAAUUCACAGCAAAACUACUCGGGAAAUGCUGAGUUAGAUUGUAAUAUCACCGAUGGAAGAAAGCCACCGAAGUCGUUUCUGUACACGUGCAACGGUCGGUACACGUCUUGCAGGGCAUUUCUGAUAUUUAGAGCAAGGUUUCCGUACAACACUUCUCCGGUUAUUGCAACUCUCACAUCCUCAGACGUAGCUGAAAUUGAGAAAAUCAAUAACAUUACAAGUUUCACUGUUUUCCCAGAAGGAAGAAAAGUCAUUGUUCCCGUGAACUGUUCCUGUUCGGGUCAGUACUACCAAGCCAGCACAACUUACCAGGUUCCUAUAGAGCAUCAAACCUACUAUAUAAUCGCAAACAGCACGUUCCAGGGAUUAACAACCUGCACCUCGCUUAUACAUGCAAAUGAGUAUUCAGAGUUCAGUUUGCUGCCUGGAAACAAGUUGCUGAUUCCACUCCGGUGUGCAUGUCCGACGAGGGGACAAACUGCAGCUGGGACAAAGUUCUUGCUGACUUACUCGAUUGGCCUUGGUGAUACUCUUUAUACUUUGAGUAAACGGUUCAAUGUAAGUCUAACCAGUAUAAGAGAAGCCAAUAGUUUCUCUGAUGGUUUUCAUAUCAUUUAUCCUUUCACAACAGUCCUGAUUCCGCUGCCAAGUGAGCCCUCGAGUUCACAUACAGUCAGUCGAAGUGAUCACGUGACUACUUCAUCAUCUUUGCCUGCUCCAGUUGAUCGGAGAAGUAGAAGAAAUAGAGCUCUAUCCAUUGCUGGUAUAGCUGCAGGGGCUCUUUCUCUGCCGAUCUUGUUCGUUUUAGUCCCCAUCUAUCUGUUUCAUAAGAAAAGAAAUCAAGUUAGACAGAGUAGAUGGAGAAAUGCAAAGGUGUAUUCUCCACAAGAAUUGAUUCUUGAGCUUGUGAGAUUUGAUCGGGCCGUUAAAGUGUUCAAAUUCUCUGAAAUAAAGAAAGCAACAGGGAAUUUUGGAACCAAGAACAGGAUAAAGGGCUGUCUAUACCGUGGAACUUUCAGAAGAGAGGUUUUGGCAGUUAAGAAGAGUAAUGGAAGUGCAGACAGUGAGGUGAAGCUGCUGUAUCAGAUAAAUCACUUGAAUAUAGUAAAACUUCAUGGUUUCUGUGAACAUAAAGACAACUUAUACCUUGUCUAUGAGUACAUGGAGAACGGCACCCUCCAGGAAUGGCUGAGUAGAGGAGGAUCGGAAGGUGAAAAGAGCUGGAACAAGCGGAUCCAUAUUGCACUUGAUGUGGCCAACGGACUUCUCUAUCUCCACAGCUUCAUCAAUCCAGCAUAUGUGCACAAUGAUAUAAGAAGCAGCAACAUUCUUCUCAAUGGAAAUCUGCGAGCAAAGAUUGCAAAUUUCAGUCUUGCAGUAAAAGCUAACUUCAGUUGCAUAACGAGAGUCGUGGGCACUAAAGGAUACAUGGCACCAGAAUGUCUUGAGGCAGGUCCUGUUACACUCAAGGUCGAUGUAUUUGCCUUUGGAGUGGUGUUGUUGGAGCUGAUAACGGACAAAUACCCCGUUUUCCUGCAGGAUGGCAGGGAAAGACUACUUUCAACAACAGUAGCAGCAAUCAUGCAAAGCCAGGAUGCAGAAACUGAGCUCAGUCACUUCAUUGCUCCUGGCCUUCGUGAAAACGGAGGAAUAGAGUAUGCCGUCCAAGUGGUGAAAUUAAGUUUAAGCUGCUUCAGACAAGAUCCUGCAGAUCGGCCAGACAUGGCUGAGGUUGUGUCAACGCUUCUGAAAGUGCAAUUUAAUAUACAUAAAUCACUGUUGUCAAAGCAAAAGAACUAG